AUGACAGCCAAGAUGGACCAUCUUCUUAGCGUUGUUGAAGACGACGUGAAGUAUGCGCAGAGACUGAGCAGUUUUAGCUCACCACAAAAUGCCAGUGUCAAAGUGUUCACUAUUCCUCGACACUCCUUCACGGCCUUUAGGUUGUCUUAUAUUUCCCCAGUAGAGCUUUCUGAGUGCUCAAAGGUGACUUUAUUGGGCGGUAUUCCAAAACAAUGGUACGCCGACCAAAAUAAUCAGUUGUGGAAACUUAUAACUAAAUUUCCACUUCGAAGGGUUAGGAAGCAAUCCCGAAUGCUGAGAAGAUACGGCUAUAAAACGAUAUAUAAAAAAAAUGCGGAGAAAAUCCCUUCUGCCUCACAUUUAAGAAGGCAUUUUACGUGGUCAUAUGAAGGCAAUACAUCAACCUGUGAUAGUUAUUAUCUUAGUGACCCAACCGCAGAGAGAGAUAGGGCUAGUUCGAGCCCUGUAAAAGCUAGUGAGUGUAAAAUGGUUCCUCCCAGAAGGAGCCAAAGCUCCUCAGAUAAGGCACCAAUGCGAGAAGAUCUAUCGAAAGUUACGUGUGCACAAGGCCCGGGGAACAACGAUUCAAAGGCUUUACUGUUGAAUGAGACGGCACAGCAUGGGAUAACCAAGUCGAUUCCAGAAAAGAAGGAUUACAAAGGAAUGACUAGAAAAUCUAUGCUGGGGUUCUCAACUCUGAAUCAAGGCGACGAACAGCAUAGAGAAAGCCCGCCUAGAGAAGACAAUUCAGAAUCGAACGAAAGAGCGAUUUGCUCCUCAGUAGAGAGGUUUAGGGUCACAGGUAUCGACGAUAACAGGGAACCUUCUGAAGACACUUUAAGAUACUCUGGUCAUAGUAUAAAUGCAGCUACAAAUCGGCUAAAUCCGAAUAAAAAAAGUUUCUUUGAUGAGGUAGAGCAUUUUAGUCAUUUGGAUGACUUGAGUGAUGACGUUUCAACUACUCAGGCCAUCGAUAAUCUGCCAUUAAACCAGAGUGAGAAAGUAGCUCUUGAUGCGCUACAAACUAUAGAAAAGAAGGCUCUCUCGAUAGAGAAAACUCCUCGGAAUUAUGGCAAUUAUUUCGAUGAUGGGCGGAAGACUUCCAUUGUUUUCCAAAGCACGAAAAGAAAAAUAGGUGAAGAAAUUGGCAGAGCGGACUCAAGCAAGUUUCCAUUUUUUAGUGUCUUGCCCCCCUAUCCAACUCAAUUGACACUGGAAGAGAACGUUAUACAUGAUAGAUUAGCUUCUAAGCAUUCCCGUCAUAUAAGAAAGCGUGUCUAUUAUGCUAGAAACAAAACUAGCUGCAAGCUCAAAGACAGUGUUGGAGCUGUUUUGGGCGCAACAAAUUCCCUUACAGCAACUGUUCGAAAAAGCUCUGGCCAGAUUCUCAAAAAAGAAAAAAUGCUGGUAUUGGUAAAAGAGGCCAUACAAAAUAAGGUACCACUUCCUAACUUCACAGAAAACGAAUGUUUCGAUACAAGAGUCAGUGAACGGUGGAAGGAAUAUAUUGUCAUUGCAAGGUCAACAGGAAGGUAUGAUCCCCCUAUUGUUUUACAGUUUUACCGUCAUCGCCAUAUUCCAGAAAUUGAAGAUAUUAGCCAUGUAGAUCAAAAAUAUCAUCGUAACCCAUUGGAUUUUUUUCUCACAAGAAACUGCAUCGUGCAAUUUUAUAGCUCACUCGAUAAGACAAUAUCCAUUCAAAAGCCCGAUGAACGGUUAGGUGGAUUCGUAGACGAAAACAUCGAAAGUCAGGAGGGACUAAAGCACUUUUCCCCCAUUAAGAUCUUUAUUUUAAGAUGUAACAGUAUACGCUCAUCUGGUUUGUGGUAUAAGUUUUUUCUUGAUACUUUGAAUCGUCAAUUAUUCACACCAACCAUCAAUUUGAGAAUCCCACAAACUGAAAUCUCAAUCAAAAUUAAUCUGAAUGAAGAAUCAUUCCAAAAAUUACGAGCCUUAGGAAAACAAGAACAAGAUAAACUAAAACUCUGUUUUCUCGAGAAAGGUUAUAGAAUUUUUCAACAUCCUAUUUUGCGAUUUUUCACGGUUGCUAUCUUAGAAAAGUUAAAAUUGGCACGAUAUGAUUCUUUGAUUAAAAAAUGGGAUGUAGAAAAUGCUAUACUGGGAUGUGCUUUGAAGAGAUAUGAUAGAUUGGAAUGGAUUCCAUGUGAUGGAGACUCCCUAAUGACAGGAAUAUAUGCAUUUUGUCAGUCUCAUUUGAUUCAGUACAGGCCAAUAACAAAUUAUUCAAGGGAAACAACAUCUACAACCGGAGAUAUUUUGGAAGAAGUUUCACCGAUCGAAGGCUUUUUGAUUAGAUUGACAGACAAAUAUGGAUCUCUGAGAACAAAAUUUGGUAAGUUUAUCAUUACGACAUCUUACUUUUUUACGUGCGAUAAUUUACUGUUUUCGAUGAAGGCGUAUAGGGCAACUCCCCCGCUACCUAUAGAUGCGAUGAUUGAUGAAGAUAGUACGGAAAAGGAAAAAGAAGAGGUUUGGAAACAGUGGAAAACACUUCCAGAAGCUUACAACCAACAACCCUAUCCCUUAACCUCGGAUAGCCACAUAGAAUGGAUGAAUUGCCAAACUACGCAAGAUGAAUAUGACUCUAGGGAUUUUUAUGCGUUUCACUGCUUUCAUAGAAGGAUUGACCAAAUGCUCAAAACAGACACUAUGAUUGAUUUGUCAGAAGUAAAAGACAUAUACCAAGGAACAACUGAUGACUGCGAAGGUGAUAAAAUAAAAUACGGUGUUUACAAAGAAGCAAGUGAGCUUUUUUGGCACAAAAGCUACAGUGCCGAAGAUGUUUCCCGAUCUGUUAUAAAUAUUGAAACCUCAAACGGUCUCCUAUUGAAGCUUCUUGCUUCAUCAGCAACAGUUGCAGAACAAUGGGUCACGCAAUUGAAAAAGAUGUCACAUUACUGGAAAAGCAAACAGAGAGAAGAUAUAAAUAGGCUGCUAAGAAUAAGACGUUCCAAUGCCAAUCUUUUAAUGCUUAAUGGAGAGGAGGAAACGAGAAUUGGUGAGAAUACAUUACGCUGGAUUAUUGAAAACGGCCGUGCAGAUGAACAUACUUUUAAUGCUAACGGAAUAUCGCUAAGUAGGCCUCUGAUUCAAAAGGGGCCUUUAUAUCAAAAACCACACAAACAUGCUGUUUUUUCAAAAUAUUACGUAGUUUUGAUAUCUGGUUUUAUCAUUUUGUUUCAUUGCUUUCAUAGGUCAACUACGGGUUUUGCCAAGGAGGUUCUGGAAUAUGCUCAUUACAUGACUAUUCCAAUUGAUGAUUGUUAUCUAUACUCGGGAACUACAACCGAGUUGGAUCUUUUGAAAAGAGAUCGUACUUUUGAUGAAAUUAAUUUAGGAUCUCAUACCCUGCCUCGAGUUUAUGGAGACGGAUGGAGAUCGGUGGAAGACGAAAGUUCACGAUGCUUUACACUUUGGUUUGGAACAAGACGUGCUAUUUCCAGCAAUCCCUCGCCAAAGAAAGAGAAGGAAAAGGAAUACUCAAAGUUUUCGGGUGGACAACAUAACUUUGUUGAUCCACCUUCGGCUCUAGAAAUCGAUCUGGACUACUCCGAGAGGCUAAAUAUUACAGAUAGGAUUCAUUACAUCAAAAAGUUGGGUGUAAGCGGGAAAUCGAUGGUCUUCAUGGCAAGGUCAAGGCAAGAAAGAGAUAUUUGGGUAAUGUCCAUAUAUGAUGAACUUGAAAGGCUGAGGAGAACAGCUUCCUUUUCGAACGAGUGA